UGUUUCUUUCGCGAAUCUACCAAUUCAAUCAUUACUUUCUUCUCCUUUCUCUACCUGCGAGCGCAGAGCUAUGCAGCCAUUGGGUCUAGUAUGUCAAGCAAAGCAGCCUUAAAGUCUGUGCGAACUGCACUGGACUCGAAAGAUUUCGAGCUUGCAGCCGAGAAAGCCAAGGCUCUUGUGCAACAGGAACCCAAAAACUACCACGCAAAUGUCUUCUUAGGCCUUGCGUUGGAUAAACUCGACAAGACUCAAGAGGCUGAGAAUGCUUACCUCGCAGCAACCCGUGCGAAAGGGAACGAUAAAACUGCAUGGCAAGGGUUAAUCAGUCUAUAUGAGAAGCAAGGAAGCAAUAGUCUAGACACCUAUCGUGAGGCGGCCAUAAAACUGUGCCAGAUACUGGCUGAAGCAAAUGAUCCUCGUCGCUGCCAGGAGGUCGUUGAGAGAUACAUUAGAUUCACGAAGAAGCAUGGCACUCGUACGCAAUACCGAAAGGCCAUCGAACUUCAUCUCCCGUCGAGUCCCCUCUACGAUAUCCUCGAGGGUCUCAUCCCACAUCCUUCUCAAACCUAUCUUCGCCUCAUUGAAAUGACUGAAGCGGAAGAAAAAGAAUUUAUAAACAGAGAAAUAGGGGAAAGACGUACGCGUCUGGGUGCGCGAAUUGAUCAAGUCACCCUGGAAGUAAAGAGGGAGGCCUUCAAGCGGAGUGAACUUGAACAGCUAUAUCGCGGAAUAGUGGACUGGACCCACGAUGAUGAGGUUCGGCGUACUUAUGAAGAAAAAUUACUAGAGCGGGGCUGCGAUGUACUCGCCGUUCUUCCGAUAAACGAAAAGAGUGCGAAACGAGAGGAGGUGUGGGUCGCUGCUCGCGAUAUGGUCAUUAUCAAACACCCCUUUGAGCUUGCCUGGAGGAUUUUUCUUGAAUGGCAGGAUGUCCAAAGCUUUUCUGAGUGGGAUCUGAACUUUCUUCUAGAUUUCAUUGAGUUUUUCCCUGAGUCAGGGCUAUCGAGACUGCUAAAAGGUUUCUUAGCCAGCAACAUUUCACCGUUCCCAAAAGAGACCAAAGACCCCAAGACAAAAGAGCAGGCAAAUGAACAAGCAAGAGAACAGGAGGCUGAGAAUGCCAAUGGCGAUGCCAGUGAGCUGGCCGCUCAAGACAGUGUUCUACUUAUGGUGGAAGGACUUGAGAUGUCCGCAUCCUCAAUCGUUGCACAUCGCAUCUUGGGUGAACUCUACUUAUCACUGGAGGAGUAUGAAAGCGUUGUGGAAGUAUCUCGCAAGGGGCUUGGAAAUAUUCAAGACCUGGCCAAGAUGUCCGGCAUGAGACUUAGGAAAACAGCUGACUGUAUGAAUAUCGCACUUGCAAACGCCCUGAUCUAUUAUCAAUCACCCCGGAAUCACUCUGAGGCCAAGACCAUAUUUGAAGAGAUCCUACAGAGAGAUCCCAAAUCGACAAGUUGCUUGCUAGGGAUUGGGCUUAUCCUCAAAGUGGAUGAAGAUUAUAUUGAAGCUGUCAACUUCUUGGAGCGUGCUUUGAAUCGGGACCCAUCGAAUAUCAAGGUCCGUGGCGAGCUUUUUUGGUGUAGGGCACUGACUGGUGAUCUCACUUCCGGACUUCAUGGGCUCCAAGAAGUGCUUGAAGAACUACAAAACACGCAUUCCGAAAAUAAAGAUUUCAAGGCCGAAAUUCUUUACCGUAUAGGUUAUUGUCAGUGGGAGAUGGACCCAUCACCUACCGCACGCAAAGACCGCAAUGGUGCCUACGCUAAUUUCCUCGCGUCGAUCCAGACCAGCAUAAACUACGCGCCUGCCUAUACCAGUCUAGGCCUUUUCUACGCUGAUUACAAGAAGGAUAAAGCCAGAGCACGGCGAUGCUUUCACAAAGCCUUUGAGCUUUCACCGUCAGAAAUCGAAGCGGCUGAGAGGCUGGCAAAAGCAUUCGCAGAUCAAAAAGAGUGGGAUCUAGUUGAGGCCGUGUCGCAGCGUGUUGUUGACUCCGGGAAAGCUAAACCUGCACCGGGCUCGAAACGAAAGGGCUAUAGCUGGCCAUAUGCUGCUUUGGGCACUGUCCAGAUCAACAAGCAACAAUAUUCCAAGAGUAUUGUCUCAUUCCAGGCAGCUUUAAGGCUCUCUCCAGGCGACUAUCAUUCAUGGGUUGGCCUGGGAGAGAGUUAUCACCAUUCAGGGAGAUACAUUGCAGCAACAAAAGCGUUUGAGCAUGCACAACAGCUAGAGGUCUCACUCACUAGUUCAGAUAAGGAACAAGUCUGGUUUGCACGGUACAUGUUGGCGAAUGUGAAGCGAGAACUCGGGGAAUAUGAAGACGCGAUUUCGCGAUACGAGAAUGUCCUGAGCAUUCGUCCGAAUGAAUUCGGCGUAUCUAUUGCACUCCUUCAUACACUUACGGAAAGUUCUUGGAAGAGUCUGAACCAAGGACUUUUCAAUGACUGCAUUGAGCUGGCCCGUAAGGCGGUCCUGGUAGCGACAUCUCUUGCCUUGGAAAGAGUCGAUAUCUUCAAUCUAUGGAAGGGCGUGGGAGAUGCCUGUUCAAUCUUCUCCCAUGUCAAGUCGAAGGCCGCAAGAGCCCCAAUGAACGAAGUGCAUACCUUAUUAACUACCCAACUCGAGUCUGCAAUUUUCGACACACUAACUGACGUUGAUGAGGUCGGGCAAGAUCAUCUGUUGCUGUUGAAGAAUGUAGAUGAUGAGACAUGUAGCCCAUCGGAUAAAUGCAUAUACGCCUCGAUUUUAGCAUAUAAGCGCGCCAUCCAUGUGUCAGCGCAGGAUAUUCAUGCCCAGGCAGUUGCUUGGUACAAUCUUGGAUGGUCAGAAUACAGAGCUUUCAGGUGCAUGCAAGUGACCGCAAACAAUCAAAGCAAGAAACAGUCGCGCAAAUUUUUGAAGGCGGCCAUACGAUGCUUCAAAAGAGCGAUUGAGCUGGAAGCUGGAAAUCCUGAAUUUUGGAACGCCUUGGGCGUGGUGACGACAAGCUUAAGUCCAAAGGUUGCACAGCAUGCUUUCGUGAGAAGCCUCCAUCUCAACGAUAGGACCGCACAGGUGUGGACCAAUUUGGGAGCGCUUUACCUGAUGCAUAAUGAUAUUCAGCUGGCAAACGAAGCAUUUACACGUGCACAAUCAACCGAUCCAGACAACUCCCAAGCCUGGAUUGGCCAAGGCUUCCUGGCCCUUCUAUUCGGUGAUCCACGAGAAGCCAGGGGCCUCUUUGAGCAUGCUUUUGAUAUCUCUAAUUCGUCGUCUCAAUUGCCUAAGAAGCAGUACACUCUGAGCUUAUUCGACCAUCUCAUGUCAGACCCUUCGGUUUCGAAUGAGGUAUCGCAGCUGAUCCAACCCUUCUUUGCACUCCACCAGCUUACCUCACAAAACCCAUCGGAUUUGCCUUUCCUACAUUUAUCCUCUCUGUUGGCUGAAAGGAUUGGCGAACUCUCGGAUGCAGAAACCAGUCUACGGGCUCUCUGUUCCGCCGUAGAGGUAGAAUACGAGGAAUCCGAAUCGGCGUCGUCCCUCUCGAAAUUCGCCCAGGCGAACGCAGAUAUUGCUCGCGUUCUCCUUGCGCGUCAGGAAUUUGGGGAAGCCGCAGAAAAGGCAGAAACAGCGCUCAUGCUGUCCGGGGAAGAGGACGCCGAGAAAUUCGAUCCUGAUAUGAACAGCAGGCUGCGUUUAUCGGCUCACUUGACGGCCGGUCUAGCACAUUAUUACAUGCGGAACAUGGACAAUGCCAUUGAUAUGUUCCGUGACGCGCUCCAGGAAGCGGAUAAUGCGCCUGAAGUGGUAUGCCUUCUCGCACAAGUGCUAUGGGCUAAAGGCGGCGAGGAGGAACGGGGUGUAGCUCGCCAGCAGUUAUUUGACUGCGUGGAAAAUAACCCCGAACAUGUUGGCGCCGUCACGCUUCUGGGUGCUAUUGCAGUCCUCGAUGCUGACAAAGACAUGAUCGAGGCUGUCGAGUCUGACUUGCAGAACAUGAUUACGAGGGACGACAUUGACAUCCACGAGCAGGCUAAGCUGGCCAAGCUUUUGACCGCUAUGUCUGCCUUAGGGCUCACUGAUAGUUCUGGAGUUCCCGAGGAGACUAGGCGUGUGGGAGAGGCUGCGGCAGCAGUGAUGAGAUCACCUCAUCAGCCCCAGGGCUGGAUGGAGUUGUCGGCAGCCUCCGGUGAACCCUAUCCUGCGGAGAUGGGUGUCAAGAGAGCUUUGCGUAGCGUCCCACCCCGAGGCAAUCUGGACGCUGUUGAUCUGUCUACUGCAUAUGCACAAACCGGAAAGGCGAGUGACGCACUCAGGGCGAUUAUGAUUGCGCCAUGGAAACAGCAUGGGUGGGAAGAGCUAAAUCACGCGGUGUCUGCAACGAACUAGUGUGGAAACUUUCUUCUAGGAAGACAUUGCGCUUGUAGAUAGUCGUGACAUGUCAUCCUGCAGCUGGCCUACUAUAGGUAGU